GUCUCUCUAGUUGCCACUGAACUUCAAACCUAAAUAAAUAUAUAUACAUUAUUUAUGUGUAUGUGUAUAAUAAAGAUUGCUGGUUGAUGGUGGAAAAUGCAACAAAGAUAUUAAAAAACUUGAGGGCAACCACAUUGGAAUCACAUGCAAAUUCAGAGGUGGUCUCUCACUAUAAAUAGACUCAUCAGAUCAUCGUCACUUUCAUACGCAGAAUCAAACAGCUUUCAGCCUCUUUCAAUCUAGAAACAGAAAGCCAAAAAUGGCAGUUUCACAAAUCCACUUCAGGUCCAUUAGCUUGCCUUCAAGGCUACACCCCAUUAACUCCACAGGAUUUGAAGCUGAGCUACAAAAGCUAAAAUCUUGUGUUUCGAGAGCUGUUCCAGUUACCUCGGAGGGCAUUCGAUCUGGUCUCUUGGGGCUGGCAGAACUGUACAAUUCUGUUCAGGAACUCACACAAUCUCCAGCCACUCAGCAAUCACUUGUUCUUCAACAUCAACAAGAUGGAAAAUCAGUUGAAGUUGCACUCGACGGAUCCGUCGAGCUGCUAGAUUCUUGCAGCACCAUCAGGGAACUGGUUCAGAUGAUGAGGGAAAACGUUCAAGCCCUUCAAUCAGCGUUUCGCCGGAAGGGCCUGGAUUCCAGCAUCCAGAACGACAUAAACUCAUACUUGUGCUUCAGGAAGAAGAUGAACAAGUGUAUAGCCAAGAAUCUGAAGAAACUCAAGAACUUGGAAAUCAAGAAUGGAUCAAAUCAUUCACUCGAUGCAGAUCAAAGCUUCAUCUGGGCGUUGAGGGAAGUGACUGGGCUCAAUGCUGCUGUUCUCAAGAGUGUCUUGAUGUUCUUGUCUUGGCCAACCGCCAAGAAUGGUGGCUGGAAUCUUGUCUCCAGGCUGAUGCUCAACAAAUCCAUGGCAUCUGUCAAGGAACAUAGUAUUGUUACUGAGGUGGGAUGUGUAGAUUUAGCACUAAACAGUAAUAAUUCCAAGGUUGUUGAUGUGCAAAUGGUGCAAAGAAGCCUGCAAAAUCUUGAUGCUUGUGUAGAGGGGAUUGAGGUAGGGUUAGAAAGAUUGUUUAGGCAAUUGCUUCAAAGUAGAGUCACACUUCUUAACAUUCUUACUGAUCAUUGAUAUAGAACAUCCAUGAUCAGAACCCAAAUUUUUGUAUUAUACCAUGUGUUGAGAGAUAAUAGUAUA